ACAGGAGACUCACUCAUGGCCUAUGAGACAGAGGAUCAUGGGACUCAAUACUGCUUUCCUGCCAUCAACUCAUCGUGUAUCAAGGGAAAACACUCCAGUCAUGAAUACAAUAUCAUGUAUGUGAUUUUUUCAUUGCUGUCAGCGUGGACUGUGUUUUUGAACCUGCUGGUGAUCAUCUCCAUCUCUCACUUCAAGAAGCUUCACACUUCAACCAACCUGAUCAUUCUCUCUCUAGCUGUGGCUGACAUGCUUAUUGGACUAAUUGUCAUGCCCAUAGAGGCCAUAAACCUGAUUGAGACGUGUUGGUACUUUGGAGAUACUUACUGUGGACUGUUUACAGUGAUCCUUGAAUUGCUUAUUUCUGUGUCUCUCAGUAAUUUAGUUUCAAUUGCUGUUGAUCGUUAUGUGGCUGUGUGUUACCCUUUAUUUUACCCACAGAAAAUAACCAUGACUAAAACUUUAUUAACCAUCUGUCUCUGCUGGUUUUGCUUUUCAUCUUAUUUCACUUACUAUGCAAUUAAUAAUGGAUAUUUUAGCAUUUCACACAGAACAGAUGUGUGUUAUGGCAAUUGCUCUGUUAUACUAACUUUUGCAUGGAGAGUCUCUGAUCUGAUUUUGUCCUUUGUGUCUCCUUGUGUCCUCAUCAUAACUUUAUAUUUGAGGAUUUUCUAUGUUGUACAUCAGCAAGUGAAAGUCAUAAACUCUCUGAUGAGGAGUGGUAAAUGUGUAACGGAAGGAUCAAUGAGGAGGAAAUCUGAGAGCAAAGCUGCUCUGACAUUAGGAAUCAUUGUCACAGUUUAUCUGCUUUGUUGGAUUCCCUACUAUAUCUGUUCUAUAUCAAUAAUCACUUCCACAACCAUAAAUGUUUUGAUGUGGGUCGUGUAUAUUAACUCGGGUCUGAAUCCUAUGGUCUAUGCUUUAUUUUACCCCUGGUUUAAAAACACAAUUAAACUCAUCUUAUCUCUGAAAAUAUUUCAGCCAGCAUCCUCUCUGGUCAAUAUUUUAACAGAACAUCAAUUGUAAUUAAACUGAUAAAGCCAUCAUUCUGAGAACAAUUUAACAUAAAAUGCAAUUGUUAUAAAGUCCUACGGUAGGUAAUUAUAAUACGUUAUCCUUUUAAUUUACACUAAAUAUAUUUUAAUAUUGUAUAGUUUGUUUCAUUGAGUAUCAUUCCUUUAAAAAUAUACUCUGU